GGGCUGUCAGUUCACUAAACUCUCUACAGGCGACUGAUCGACCACAAAUACUCUCUUUCCUUUUGGAUCUUAUAUCUAUCGACUGGGAAAAAAAUGGUCAACUGCCUACUGAAGAGCGCGCAGGUCGCCGCAGUCGUUCUGGUUGCUUCUGCUCUUUCAAAUGACAAACUGUUUACGUGCUGUAAGACAGUGAGCACAGAGGAGAUAAUGGAACCAAUAAUAAAAUUUAAGGUCCAGAAGUCCAAUCCUCCGUGCGUCACAGCAGUCAUCUUCACCACCAACAGCGGCCAUUACUGUGCCCAUCUCAGGGCUCCCUGGGUUCACCAGAAGAUUAAAGACUUCAUGAGAGCAAAAGCUCAGACGUCUGUUCCCCAGGUGGUCACUUCUUCGUCCCCGUCAUCUUCAUCAUCCUUGCUCCUCUCCAUCAUGACAUCCACCGUUCCCUCUUCAUCAUUCGACGUUUCCUCUCCUUCAUCAUCCACCGUUUCCUCUUCAUCAUCAUCGGACAUCUCCACAUCAUCAUCUGACGUUUCCUCUCCUUCAUCCGAUGUUUCCUCUUCAUCAUCAUCGGACGUCUCCACAUCAUCAUCUGACGUUUCCUCUCCUUCAUCCGAUGUUUCCUCUUCAUCAUCCGACGUUUCCUCUGCUUCAUCACCCACCCUACAGACUUCUUCAUCGUCUUCGUCUUUCUUCUCUUCUUCCUCAACAAUCACACCAAGCGAGACGCCUGGAACCAUGAACCAGUAGAGGCGCAUCUCCUCCACCAGCAGCUAAAUUAAUAUAUUCGUCUCUAUUCUACUGCAAACUAAAGUCAGGAAAACAUAAAGGAAAGAAUUGAGCUACAUCAUAAUUUAAGUUAAAUAUUUAGUUUCUUUCAAUGUUGUUUGAAUCAUUUUUUUGUAAACUGCUGUCAGUUAAUUUAUAUUUAUAUACAACGUUACGGUGUCAUAAAUACUAAACGUGCAGAAGUUGUCUGGAACAAAAGGUUUUAAGCUAUUUAACUUAUUGGAGGCAUUUUCACUUUAAUGUAAAGUUUCACAGAGAUAAGAGCUUUAGAAAUAAACGUCUGUCUGAGUUUAUGUUAAUGAAUGUUUUAUUUAUUCAUCUUGGAUAACUUUCUGUCUGCAAACACAAAAAAACAAAAACAAAUAAAGUUUGAGCUGCUGAGUUUAUUGAACUGUGUAUGUAAUAAAAAACUUUGGAUAUCAUCUGUUAAACUUCA